CCCACUGGAAGGGCAGAAACCUCUUUGGCUGGAUGUCUGGACCAUGGACAGGGAUCAGAAUGACGAGGACAGUGUUGUGGACCUCAGCUUUGAGGCCGAGAGUCCCCUGGCACCUCCAGCUGAGCUCCUGGAGAGGCUUCCCAGCUAUGACUGCCUUUUCCAAGGAGGUGGACAGCAGAUAUUCUUCCCACCUUUGGAGGCUCCACAGAGACCCCAGGAACAAAGGUGCUGGUCCAGGUUCCUGGAACACAGAAUCCCCGUGGUGACAGAGGAGGUAGCGCGGGAAGCCCUCCUCAGCUUCGUGAACUCCAAAUGCUGCUAUGGCAGCUCAGCCGCCAGCGACUUCAUCAUCCAGGAGCUGAAGCAGCAGACCCUGUGCAGGUAUCGACUGGAGACUUUCAGCGAGUCCAGGAUAAGCGAAUGGACAUUUCAACCCUUUACUAACCACUUAGUAGAUGGGCCACGAAGAGGGACCUCUCCCAGGCUUUGGGACUUCAAGGUCCAGGUCCCCCCGAUGUUUCAGGAAGACACCAGGAAGUUCCAGGUUCCUCACUCGUCAGUGGUCAAGGAAUGCCACAAAUGCCGUGGGCAUGGGCGCUACAAGUGCAGUGGCUGCCAUGGGGCCGGCAUGGUGAGGUGCCCUUCCUGCAGUGGAGCCAAGCGCAGAGCCAAGCAGCCCCGGAGGUGCCAGAUGUGCUCGGGUUCUGGCAGGCACAGGUGCAGCACGUGCUCAGGGAGGGGGAACAAGACCUGUGCCACCUGCAAGGGGGAAAAGAAACUGGUGCACUUCGUCCAGCUGGUCAUCAUGUGGAAGAACAGCUUGUUUGAGUUUGUGUCUGAGCACCGGCUGAACUGUCCCACGGAGCUCCUAGCUAAAGCCAAGGGCGAAAACCUCUUUAAGGAUGAGAAUACGAUGGUGUACCCCCUCAUCGACUUCCCCCUGCGGGAGAUCUCUCUGGCGUCCGAGAGGGGCAUUGCCCAGCACAGCGCCACCCUGGCCUCCAGAGCCCGUGUCCUUCAGCAGCGCCAGACCAUCGAGCUGGUCCCCCUCACGGAAGUUCGUUACUGGUAUGGAGGAAAGACCAAUGUGUACUACAUCUACGGCACAGACCACAGGGUGUUCGUGGCGGACUAUCCUGAGCGGUAUUGCUGCGGCUGCACCAUUGUCUGACACGGCUCAGCGAUCCCCUCGGCCCGCCACUCACAGUCAGCAGGGAGGACGCCCGAGGUCUCUGGGUUCACUCAUCACUGGCUACACUGGGCAGUCUCUUUCAAGCCUUGGCGUGUCUGUCCUUCCAGAGAAUUCAUCUUACCGUCUGUCAAGCCACAAGUCUUUCAGGAGCUCCUGUGGUGGAAUCCAUCAUGUGUUUAACCUACAAGAAAUCAACUUCGCACAUUCCUUUAGGACAAAGCAUUGAAAUGGCAGGAGCAGAAAGCAAAGAUUAAUACCUCAAUUGA